UGAAUUGGGGUCGGGACUCUCAAGUCCGUCAUAUAAUUAUUCUGUUCGCCUUGCCCCUUUUCCAAAACGCUCACUCCACAGGGAGAGAGAGAGAGAGAGAGAGAGAGAAGGGGAUUCAGAUUGCUCGAUGGGUAUUCGAUCAAUUAACUAGGGCAACGAGCAAAUUGAUCAAUUAACUAGGGCAACGAGCAAAAACCUCUAUUUUCUUUUCUGGGUUCAGUGAGUUAGGGUUUACAGAGUGGAGGGUGGAAGUUAAGGUCGAGCGAAUUCUUCAGAACACAAGAUUGGUAGCUUUGGGGUGUUUAAUCGACGUGAGGCGUAUGCUUAUGCACCUUUUCUGCAUAUAUUGUGGGGUUUGCUCAACUCCGUAGUAGGAAAAUAGUGGGUUCUGGGAUGGAUGGUCGAAAAAUUUCUGCCAGUCCUCGGCCUUGCAAUGGCCGCCGGGUUCUGGCCAAGAAACGGCCUCGCGGCGGUGGCGACGGCUUCGUAAACAGUGUUAAGAAGCUCCAGCGGAGAGAAAUUUGUUCGAAGCGCGACCGUGCCUUCAGCAUGACAAACGCCCAGGAAAGGUUCAGGAACAUUCGGUUGCAGGAGGAAUAUGAUACACAUGACCCCAAAGGACAUUGCGGUGUGGUACUGUCCUUUCUCAAGAAGAGGUCAAAAAUUAUUGAAAUAGUAGCUGCUCAUGACAUAGUCUUUGCUCUUGCUCAAUCUGGUGUUUGCGCAGCGUUUAGCCGAGAGUCUAACCAGAGGAUAUGCUUUUUGAAUGUCAGUUCCGAUGAAGUUAUACGAAGCUUGUUUUACAAUAAAAACAAUGACUCACUUAUCACUGUCUCAGUUUAUGCUGCAGACAAUUUUAGUUCUUUGAAAUGCCGAAGCACAAGGAUUGAGUACAUAAAAAGGGCUAAACCAGAUGCAGGUUUUGCUCUUUUUGAGUCUGAAUCACUGAAAUGGCCUGGUUUUGUGGAAUUUGAUGAUGUGAAUGGGAAGGUACUCACAUAUUCUGCACAAGAUAGCAUAUACAAGGUGUUUGAUUUGAAAAACUACACCAUGUUGUACUCAAUAUCAGACAAAAAUGUUCAAGAGAUUAAGAUCAGCCCAGGCAUCAUGUUGUUGAUUUUUGAAAAAGCCUGUGGCCAUGUUCCUCUUAAGAUUCUUUCAAUAGAGGAUGGUACAGUUCUCAAAACUUUCAACCAUCUCCUGCAUCGGAAUAAGAAGGUGGAUUUCAUUGAACAGUUCAAUGAGAAGCUUCUAGUCAAGCAAGAUAAUGAGAAUCUCCAGAUUCUUGAUGUUCGCAAUUUUGAGCAAACAGAAGUUAGCAGAACUGAGUUUAUGACUCCAUCAGCAUUUAUAUUCCUCUAUGAGAACCAGUUAUUCCUGACAUUUAGAGAUAGAACUGUUGCUGUCUGGAACUUCCGUGGGGAACUUGUAACUUCAUUUGAGGAUCACCUUUUGUGGCAUCCUGACUGUAACACAAACAACAUUUAUAUCACCAGUGAUCAGGAUCUUAUAAUUUCUUACUGCAAAGCCGAUUCUGACGAUCCAUUAUCAGAAGGAAAUGUCAUUGGCCAUGCGGCAGGAUCCAUCAACAUCAGCAAUAUCCUGACCGGGAAAUGUCUAGCUAAAAUCCGAGCAAGCAACAGUUUCCCCAUUGCUGAAUGCAGCUGCAGUGGUUGUUGCAGCGGCAAAAACUGCAGUUCUAAGAAACGAGUCCGGGCAUCCAGGAUGAGGAGCACCGUUUCAGAAGCCCUCGAAGACAUCACCGCACUCUUCUAUGAUGAAGAGCGCAACGAAAUCUAUACCGGUAAUAGGCUUGGCUUGGUCCAUGUAUGGUCUAACUGACUUGUAUUUCCCCUAGUUCCAUCAGAUUCUCCGACUGUUCUUCCAGAUGGUAAAUUCCAUUCUGCUUCCUGCCGCUAUGACGACUCCCUGGCAUUGUACUAUUAAAUGUUCUUUUACUAUUAGCAGUAGUGGUAGUAUAUCUGUGUUCUUGUUGAUUUGCAUUGGCCAUUGGGUAUAUUGGUGUUUUCUGGGUGGUUUUGUUGUUC